ACUUGAGCGAGGCUGACGAAGGCGUCAGAGUGCCUCGGGAGAGGAUAACUAAGUCGGACCUUAAAACUGGGAACUUUAUGGACUACGUGCAUUUCGGAGGUGCUAAAGACAAUCGAAUGAAGGUCUUUUUUGGAGAACACAGAGGAAUCAUUGUUAUAUGCGCCUGUUUAUGGUGGCGCUCAUAACCAGUUCAUAGAAAGGCAUGCAAAAAGGAGACAAAAGCUCAAAGUAUAAGAAGCGAUGGCAUCUUACCAUAACCUAGAAGAUGACGCAAUGGCUUUGAUGGUCCAUGACACCAGCACAGUCAAAACCGAGGAGUUUAUCAAAGAAGAACCGGCUCAAGAGCAGAGUUCGGAGAAAGUGGACCCGUCACAGAAGCCCCCAUACUCCUACGUCGCCCUCAUCGCAAUGGCAAUUCGGGACAGCUCGGAGAAACGGCUCACCUUAUCUGGCAUCUAUCAGUACAUCAUAAACAAGUUCCCGUUUUAUGAGAAGAACAAGAAGGGCUGGCAAAACAGCAUUCGACACAACUUGAGCUUGAACGAGUGUUUCAUCAAAGUUCCCCGGGAAGGCGGGGGCGAAAGAAAGGGGAAUUACUGGACCCUAGACCCAGCUUGCGAGGACAUGUUCGAGAAAGGAAAUUACAGAAGGCGGCGACGGAUGAAGCGGCCAUUCAGGCCUCCUGCGGCUCACUUUCAACCUGGAAAAUCUCUCUUUGGCGGGGAUGGAUACAGCUACCUGUCCCCUCCGAAGUACAUCCAGUCUAGUUUCAUGAACAACUCCUGGCCGCUCAGUCAGCCGCCUGCGCCAAUGUCCUACGCGUCUUGCCAGAUGACAAGUGGCAACGUGAGUCCCAUCAAUGUUAAAGGGUUGUCAGCCCCGUCGUACAACCCUUACUCCCGAAUGCAGGCUAUGGGUUUGCCGAACAUGAUGAACUCUUACAACACAAUGAGUCACCAUCAGCAUCCUCACCAAGCCCAGCAGCUGAGCGCCGCCACUGGUGCACCCUCUCCGGUCCCCACCAAUAAUCCGGCGGGCCUGCAGUUUGCCUGCGCGCGUCAGCCUAGCGAGCUCUACUCGUACUGGGACCAUGAGGCUAAACACUCCUCGCUGCACUCUCGGAUUGACAUAUAAACGGAGCCUCUUCGAUGUAAAUCAAAUGCAAGAGGUGGUGCAGGCGUGUUGAAUUUUGAUCGAAGUAUUUAUAUGUGGCCUCUUUAAUUGGUCGUUUUCUGAGGUUGGAAAGGUAAUACUUGUCGAAAUCAACAUACAACACAUUGGAAGUCUUAAGUAAUUCUUACAUCUUGCCAAGAAGAGUUCAAGUACAGGUUGAACGACAGAGAAGGCCCUCUCGUCUGGUUAUCCUGCAUUUUGACAAAGGUCUGUUUUGUAUCCCAAUUACCCCAAAAGCGAACAAAUGGUCCACUCGCCAGUUAUCAAAGCCACAACUUUUACCGUUUUACGAAAACAGGGUACACAACUUGAAACCGCACACCUUCGUAUAAUUAUUAAUGAGCUAAUUGGUUUACACGAAGACGUUAUGGUAAUUGUUUGAAUGUCAGUCUACCUCUAGGUUGUGUUUUAAAAAUUACAUAUAUGUCUGGCCUGUAGCCGAGUCUAGACCAUUUGAGAAUUUUGCCUGUUGUUUGUUUAAAUUCAAGUUGUCUCUUGAUGGUAAUAGAAUAAUUUUCAUUUUUUGUUUUGUUAGAACCCUUUAGUUGGCGACUUACCUUUUGAUUUGCUUUUUUGUCAAGUCGAUUUAUGCUUUCUAAAAUGUUGGGACCAUGUUAAACCAGCACUUAUUUUAUAAUUCGAAGUUCUUAAUAAAUGCGAUUUUCAAUCGAAAUUCCUGUGGUAUCGUUUUCAACUUUUACUUCACAAAAUAAUUAUUUCAGUUAUUUUAGUUGAUUUCUAUAUUAUAAAGCUUUACAGUAGGCCUGAACGUCCUGCUUGAUAGAUGCCAUAUAUCACUAAGGGAUUUAGUCUAUUUUAAAGUGGUAGUCAAAAUAUUAUUUUGUAUUUAAAUUAUUAUUAUUAUUAUGUUUUUUCAUCUGUCUGUAAAUAUCCUCUGAAUAGACUGAAGGCCUAUUUGGCAAACAUAGCCUACAAUUUUACAAAACACGUAUUUAAUUUGAGCUUAAAAAUAACAGUUGUCUUCCAAGCCCCUGUGUAACGGGUUUCUGCUCCAAAGUGAUACAUAAUUCUGUUGCCCAAUAACAUCGGUCUUCAGUCUAAUGUCACAGAUAUCAUGCACUAAUGCAGAAAUGCCCCAGUACAUGGUUUGCAGCGUGAAUAAGACGCACACGUGAUGAGAGUAUGAUGCGAUUGCUUGUUUUAAAAAUACUUUUAAAAAUACAAAAAUAUGUAAUGUCUUUAAAUAUUGAUGACACGCAGGGACUGACGUUUAAAGAAAUAUCCUCGAAAAUAUCCUUUUCAAAUGGCUUUUUUGGCCUCUUAAAACUUAUUUGCAUAGCAGGCGCCGAAGUUGUCCUUGUCGAGGGAGUUGCUCUUCUAGGCUAUAUAGGUGUUUUGACAUGUUCAACUGGGUAAUGCGAAAAUAUACAAUCAAUCAAUCAGUCUAUUAGCUUUGGUUUGACUUUAAAAUCUCUGUAUUCCUGGGGGUUUACCCCAAAACAGAAAGGAGUUGAUUGACAGGUCAGCAGCACGCAGUCACCCUUGAUCAUUUUCAGUUUUAGCGGUUUUUAUGCACAUGCUCUAUACAUGAUACACAUCCUAAAUUUGACAUUUUAUUUGUACAUAAGAUAACCAUAAAAAAAUCGCAACGUAAUAGCGUUUAAUAGUGUUUAAUAUUUCGAGGUGUCGCAAAGGUAAAGGCCCAUAUUUUCAUACGUGGAACAGAAUAGCUCUGUAUGACCAUGUAUGUUGCUGUUUAUGUUGGUAAUCUGUCUUGUUAUUUGUGCAAAAAGUAAAAGAAGUCGUCAUGCA